CUCUCUACUCCUUUUUCCAAUUUCCGCAACACCAUGGCGAUGAAUUUGUCGAUCCUCCAUUACUUAAAUAUUCAAUUCAAAAUCUUUCCAUGCGUAGUCAGUCCCUAUUUUCUCUCUCAAAAUCCCCUAUUUGUGUCACACAAUCCUCUCCUCCGUCUCUCUCUGCAUGCUUCACUGUUCAUGCUUCUCUGCAUUCGUAACAAUAAUGUCGAUUUCAUAAUUGAUUUUUCCGUUUUGUGAUCUUACAAUUGUUAAUUUUAUCGAUUUUGGCCUUGCAUUCGUUGGAGAAACAAUGAGCGGCGCUUCUAGGGUUUCGAUUCCUAACAAUCUGAAGAAGACGAUCCAGGACAUCAAGGAGAUAGCCGGAGAGCACAGCGAUGAGGAUAUUUAUGCAAUGCUCAAGGAGUGCAGUAUGGAUCCCAAUGAAACCGCUCAAAAACUCCUCUAUCUUGACACAUUUCACGAGGUCAAGAGCAAACGUGAUCGGAGGAAAGUGACUGUGAACAGCAGAGCAUAUGAUGAUCAUCGGCGGACACCUGGCAUGCAGCGGAGAGGGACUAGGGGUGGUAGUGAAAACUAUUACUCUUCUUCUAUUUCUGAUGUUCGUCAUUGAAGUUUGAAGUACAGUAUUAAAUACCCUUUGCUCUCUAUGAGUAGUUGGAGGUGGAAAGCAAGUGAACGCUGGUCAGGAAAAUGGUUACAAUAGGCGUACAGAGAGAGCUUCUAAGUCUUAUGUUCCAGGUCCUCAUAAAACAGAAAACAAUGAAUCAUGUUUUGUCAUGAAUUCUUCCACGUCUUCUGCCAAUAAUUCAGCAAGUGUAUUUAAUGGAAGCCUUAGUGAGAAAUCCACUUCUCAAUUAUCCUUGUGUAAUAUUGGAGGUACUAUCAAAGAUACUUCAACUUCUGAAAAUAGUAAGUUGGGGAAAAUGCCAUUUCUACAAAGUGUUGCAGUGAAGCAAAUCCCAAAUCUAUAUCCUGGCCCCACUCCCAGCCCUACACCCACUAGGGCUUCCACUGCUGUAACAGGCACUAUGUUUGAAGGUGGAAAGUCCAAAUUAAUAUCUAGUCAUCUUGGAAAUAGCAUGGGUUCAACAUCUGUCUCAGGCUUGUAUUCAUCUGCAUCUGAUCCCUUGCUAGUGCCAUCUAUAAAUCCCCAAUAUUCAGGGGGAAUUGGUAUAACUAAGCCUGAAACAGGGAAGCAGCAGAUUGCAGCUCAAGUUAGUACCAACCCUCCAGCGGACAAUAGAAUUAGAGAUGGUCAAAUAGUAACUAAAGCUCUUGCAGUCUCAGGAUCUGUUGACUCCACAAGCAACAAACAGCCAAGACUAUCCGGAGGAGUUGACAGGAGUCAGCUGGCGGAGCCUCCCCUGAUGGCAUCUUCAACCAAUCACAAUGUUACUCCUGCUUGCAGAACUAAUCAGAAAACUCCUCCGUUGCAAGGAAUCAAUGAUCCUUCAAAAGAUGACUCUGCUUCAAAACAAGCCAUCUCAGAAGUUGAUACUAAGCUACCCAAGUUACAUAUCUCUGCUCGCCAAUCUGUUAUUUUUCCCAAUCAUAUUCAUGUACCUGAAGCUUUCUUGAAUGGUUUGACUUUUGGAAGUUUGAAUGUUCCUAUGGGACAGAGCAACAUGGAGUCGAAGCUUGUGGAUGUAUCUUUUGCAACUAAUGUUGAAGCUGUUAAGGAAUUUUCUGUGAUUGAUCAACCUGCAUCCUCAACAGCUGGACAAGAUGAUUAUCCUGAUUGCCCCCCGUCUCAUCCCCAUAUAUCUGAUAAUUUUUUACCAUCACAAGAGAAUGUUUCUACUGGUGCCGCUCUGAGAUAUGAUCAAGCAAAGCAGGAGCUGCUCCAAUCAGUAGGAGGAUCUCAGAACCCAUUUAUUUCUACUGUGACAGACUAUAGUCUCAGUCUUGUACAUCCGGUUAUAGGAUCCCGUCUGGUGCAAGCCGAAGGUCUUGAGCUGCAGGGAGGAAAGUCUCAGGUUCCAUCAACAACAGGUUCGGAUCCAUUGAUGACUCAACCAGCCGGAAUCGGGAAGAAUUCUAUUCCUGUAUCACCCCAGAUGUUUCCUUACCUUCGACAUCCAUAUCCUCCUAACUGCAUACCAUACAACCCUUACUUUUCACAGCUAUAUAUGACACCACCAAAUGCUCACCAAUUCUUAGGCAACAGUGGGUUCCCACAGCAACCUUCAACUGGCAACAUUUACAUGCCACCAACUGCUACUGCCGCGGGAGUAAAAUUCCCCGUUCCUUCAUUGUGCAAACCAGGGACUGUUGUUGGAAAUCUGACACACUACGGAAUUCCUUCUGGUUAUGGUUCUUAUGGGGCCUCCGGGGUUAGUUAUAGUCCCAGUGCGGCUUUGGCACCUGGUAAUUCUGCUAACAACAAUGAUAUUUUGGGAUCUGAGCUGAAAGAAAAGACAAUCUACUCUACUAUUAAACAGAAUGAUGAUUUCCAUGCAUGGACUUCUGCACCAGGCCGAGACGUGUCAACUUUGCAGGCCAAUGUUUUUUACAACCUUCCUCUGGGACAAGGACAACAUUCCAUCUUUCCUUCACAGGUUGGCCAUGGGACCUUUCCUGGAAUCUAUCAGCCAACACAAAAUCUAUCAACACUUAAGUCACUUCCACAGCAGUCUCAGGCAGUGGCUGGACCAUUGGGUGCUUACCUCGCAACCACAAUUGCAACCUCAGCAGCCACUGCAACAUGCACAGAUGAAUUGGAAAAACCUAAAUUAGUGAAUUGAGAAAUCCGUCACAUGCGACUUCUCGGUGGGACUAAAAUGAUAUUCAAAGCAUGGGUCUAAUCAAGUGUAAAUGUAGCGCGUCCAUGAAAUACACCAAACAAUUUUUAUGGGUGAGAAGUGCUUUGAAUAUAUUUGUCCUGGUAUGAAAGAUUUUUCAGUAGAGCUUCUUUUGCUGAAAAAUCAGUUUUUUUGGCAACAUCAUAACUAGUCGAUUUCCUUUCUUUAAUUUGUUAGAGGAUUAGGAUCUCAGGGUAUUAUCAAUAUUUUUCGGCUACAUCUACCAUAAUGUUAGUGAAUUUUGAUGGCAAAUGAUAAAUUAUAAUCUGCACGAGAUUUUUGGCA